AUGAAUCUGGUAGACCUGUGGUUGACCCGCUCCCUCUCCAUGUGUCUCCUCCUACAAAGCUUCGUUCUUAUGAUACUGUGCUUUCAUUCUGCCAGUAUGUGUCCCAAGGGCUGUCUUUGUUCUUCCUCUGGGGGCUUAAAUGUCACCUGCAGCAAUGCCAACCUCAAGGAAAUCCCUAGAGAUCUUCCCCCUGAAACAGUCUUAUUGUAUCUGGACUCCAAUCAGAUCACAUCUAUUCCUAAUGAGAUUUUUAAGGACCUCCAUCAACUGAGAGUUCUCAACCUGUCCAAAAAUGGCAUUGAGUUCAUCGAUGAGCAUGCCUUCAAAGGAGUCACAGAGACUUUGCAGACUCUGGACUUGUCCGACAACCGUAUUCAAAGUGUGCACAAAAAUGCCUUCAAUAACCUGAAGGCCAGGGCCAGAAUUGCCAACAACCCCUGGCACUGCGACUGUACUCUACAGCAAGUUCUGAGGAGCAUGGCGUCCAAUCACGAGACAGCCCACAAUGUGAUCUGUAAGACUUCUGUGUUGGACGAACACGCCGGGAGACCAUUUCUCAAUGCUGCCAAUGAUGCUGACCUCUGCAACAUCCCUAGAAAAACUACUGAUUAUGCCAUGCUGGUUACCAUGUUUGGCUGGUUCACCAUGGUGAUCUCAUACGUGGUGUAUUAUGUGAGGCAAAAUCAGGAAGAUGCCCGGAGACACCUUGAAUACUUGAAAUCCCUGCCAAGCAGGCAAAAGAAAGCGGAUGAACCUGAUGACAUUAGCACUGUGGUAUAG